AUGGCAUGGCCACUGCUCCAGCUCCUGCUCAUCGCCGCCACCACCACUGCAGCGGCGUCGUCCUCAGCGACGACGCCUGACGGGCCGGCGCCAUGGCCGGAGCAGUUCCACGCGGUGCUGUUCACGAACCUGACCAACGUCUCGUUCGCAUCGACGAGCCCACCGCUCUGCCUGCACGACCUCUACUACGACUGGCCGCGGCGGCGCAACCUGAACCUGAUCCGGUACCAGCUGUCCCGCGACCCGCUGUACGACGUGGAGUGGAACAACGGCACCAGCUUCUACUUCGACUCGGCCACCUGCCGCACGCUGCAGUUCCCCGUCGGCAUGCUCCGCCCCGGGUGGAUCGCCGAGGGCGGCGCCGUCUACCUCGGCCGCGAGACCACCGGCGGGAUCGACUGCCACGUCUGGGGCAAGGCUGACUUCAUCGUCUACUACGAGGACGCACUCACGCGCCGCCCCGUCCGCUGGAACUUCAUUGAUGUGACGGGGAUAGAGCAGUUUGUGAUGAGCUUCGAGGUGGGCGUGGUGCUGGAAGACGAUUCGCAGUGGCAGGCACCCGCGCACUGCUUCCUGGACGACGCAGCCAACAAGACCAACGAGCACGACGAUCAUGUCGCUGUUUCGAAUGGCGUCAUGGACGCGCUCAGGCUAUUCAGGAAGUUUGCUGGAGCUGCCGCCGCCUACUGA